ACGACAACUGAACUGAGCAUUAAGCACAUAUUAAUUAGUCAACUGUCUGGACAAACUUGUGGCGUUGGGUGUUCUCCCGCUCUCGGGCAGUCUUUGGCGUCGCAGCGAGCGGUAAAGAUGUGGCGCAGCAUAAGCGGAUUAGAUAAAGCACAAAACUCAAGCACAAGUCACGGCCUGGCUACGAUUUGAACUAAAAAGUGAGACAUUGACCAUGUGUUGGUGGGCACGUGUCUAUUGUACAGUUUUGCAAAAUUUAUUUGCGCGCUUCUAUGAUAAGCUGUCCGAGCAGAACUGCGCCUGUUAUCGGCAGCGCUGCGGCGGCAGCUGCUGCGGCGGCUAUCGGCGUCAGAGCAGCAAUGAUGACGCCGCCAAACGGGUUUCCAUAGCGCUGAGCGAUGAUGAGCGGCCCCAGCAUGAUUAUGUCAUUGUGGAUGAGGCCGAUGCCAACUAUGUGGAGAUAGAGCAGCGUGCAAUAGAAACAGAGUCGUAUUACUUUACCGUAGAUCGCGCUACGGCGGAACACAUGCUGGCUGAACGUGAGAAUGGAGCCUGCCUGGUGCGUCCAUUCAAAGCAUCAGACUUGUAUAUAAAAUAUGUGGUCAGCAUCUAUGCGGAUCAGCAGUAUUAUCAUUUGUUUGUGCGCCAAAUCGAUGGCAGACAGCGCUACGGCAUUGGACAGCUCAAGGCGUAUGAGCGUCACUUUGCUUCGCCCUGUGAGAUUAUUGAAUUCUAUAUGCAGCAUGCGCUGCUCUGCAGCAACAAGCAGCGCAGCCAAAGCGUGCAGCUCAAGCCCAUCAGCUGUGCCUAGCAUAGAGUUUAGGUCAAGAUUUAUUGGAUUAAUGUAAGCUUUAUGUACAAAAUGUUGUAACCUAAUAUGUAAGUAAGUCUGGCAGGCAUUAG